AUGUGUCGCAAGAAAAUAAAUAAAACACCCCACCACCAAGCUAGACCAGGAAGCCAAAAUCACAAUGAGGGCAAACAAACUAGAUACAGCCAAGGUCAAGGUCGAAACAGUAACAGGCAGAUCCACGAUUUGAAUGUAAACAAUGAGUCAAGUGAUGAAUUCGAUACACUAGUUUUUGACACAAUCACAGUUGACAGUAUUACAUCUGACUCAAACAGCCAAACUAAAGAUGAAGCACUAGUCAUGAUCGACAUCGAACUGCCAAAUAAUACCCAUAACACACAAUUGAGAGCUAAAGUUGACACAGGUGCUCAAGCAAACAUCCUACCACUAAGAUUAUACCGUAGCAUGUUCCCAGAGAAUAUCAGUUAUGAUGGUAAACCCAAGAUAAGUGCAGUUAAAAAGUCCACAGCCACCCUUACAGCAUACGGGGGUACUCCAAUUCCACAAUUUGGUACAUGCGAAAUAAAGUGCUCCUACAAGAACAACAACACAAGUGCUACAUUCUAUGUGACUGAUGUACACAGUAGAGCAAUUAUUGGAUUACCAACUGUACAUUACAAUUAUUGGAUUACUAGAUCUUCACUUGAUUACGUUGAACUGUUCAAUAGAGAAAUCACAAGUACAAGAGACCUUGCCUACUAA